UUCUUAUACGUUCUUUGAUUAUUUCUCGUAUGAUCUCAUAGAAGAUUCGUAAAGCUUAUUGUCCAAAUUUUUAAUGUGCGAAGUGUGUUUCGUAUGAAAUGUGUGAACUUAUAUUUAGAAUCAUUCGUAUAAAGUUAUAAAAUUUUUAAAUUUUAUUUGUUUUAUUCGACCGUAGAGAAGGAAAUUUGGAAUAAUUUAUAUCGCUUUUUAAGAUUACGACACGUAUGUGUGCUUGCAUCAGGAUAAGUAAUAUUUAUCGAGGGUUAGGUAGUGAAUGAACCUUCGUUGAAAAAGGAAGCAGAUAGUGGCAAAUCUCGUUUAUCUUGUGUUCAUCCGUUCGGACGGCCUUGGAAGAUACCAUUCAUGAAGAAUUAUCAUAACAAAACAGUAAAUAAUUAAACUAUGACAUCGAUGGAUACGGAUUCUGAAAGCCAGGAUAGCGAUGACGGACGCCGAUUUCGUUUUGAAGCUACUCGUAAAGAUGCAACUAUAAUCCCAGACACCGUGAGUAAAGAGAAGUCACCUAGGAAGAAAUCAAAACGCAGAUCACAUUUAGAGGAUAAGAGUUAUCGCGAUAGAAAAGAAAGAUCUAAACACGAGACUAAUAGAAAAGAAUCUCAACGAUCAAGAGAACGAGACGCAGAUGAAAAAGAGUCUAGGCAUAUUGUAAAACAUACAAAAUAUGGAACGUAUAAGGAUUAUAGAGGUACAAAAGAAAGUGAUUCUGCAUCAGGAGAAAAAAAUCUCAAAUAUUCAAUGGACUCAAAAGAUAAAUCCAGAGAUUUGAAGCACUCUAGAGAACGAGAUCGUAAUGAUCAUCGUAAACAUUCCCGAGAACGUUCUCGUGAUAGGAGUUACGAUGAUAGAUCGUCGGUUGACAGAUACCGAAGCAAGUAUCACGAUAGACAUAAAUAUUCUCGACAUAAAAGUCGGGAUAGAUCGUGUCAAUCAAAUCGAUUAAAAUCAUCGGAUAAUGAAAAAUCUCGAAGUGAACAUGGAAGACACGAGUCGUUUAAGAAAACCAAAGAUAAACGAUUACAGCAUUUAGAAAAUGAAUAUAGUGCACAUGAAAAUAUUGAUCAGAUUCAUGAUGAUAAUGGACCUCAUUCAAUGUCAUUGAAUAAAGUUUGUAAAGCGGCUACUCCAUUAGAUAUACAAGAUUGUAAAGAUUUAGAUUUAUCCGAUUUUGAUGUUCUAUCAGAAACAGAUGAAAAUAUAUCUGAUAUUUCAGAUUCUAGAAGUUUGUGUUCAUCUUCAUAUUAUCAUAAGACCAAAGUAAGAAGAGAACACUUAAAAAGCCAAUAUGAAUGUGUAAAAAAGAAACGAGUAGCACCUGAUCAGGAACAUGUGGAAGAACUACAAAAGGUAAAUUGCAAGAACAGUACAACACUGUUGAGUUCAAGUAAUAAUAAUCCUAGUGCCAUUUCAGAUACUUUAUUAGAUUUCAUCUCUUUAGAAUCAGCAUCUAUAAUGAACAAACAGAUGAAAUCAUUACAAGAAAAAGAUGUAGAAUGUAAUACACUUGGGUCUAAUGAAAAAACUAAUACUUGUGCAUAUGGACCAGUGUUACCACCACAGCUUAAAACAUUUAAUGAAAAAAAAAGUACAAAUGUGUAUACAUCCUUGUCUACAGAAGAACAUGAACCUAAAGAAAAUACCGUUAAAAAUGUUAGUGAUAAAGAUAAUAUAACUAGCAUUGAUUUCAUUGGACCUUGUUUGCCAAAAAUAGAAGAUACUUCGGAUAAUUAUGAAAACUCAAAUACAAUGAGUGCUUUAAAUUUGGAAGAAGAAAAUCAGGAAUAUCAAGUACCUCACAGUCCAUCAAAAGAUAUUAAUGAAUCUAUGGAUGAUAUUGCUGCUUUUGGACCAGCAUUGCCACCUCAUUUAAUUAAACAGCAACAAAAUGAAGCGGAUACAAAAAGUAGAUUAAUAGGCCCUAUAAUACCUGAAGAUAUAAAACUACUUAAUGAAGAAGAACGUAUGGCUAUGUAUUCACAAUUUGAAGAUGAAGAUACAGUAUCAUCUUUAAUUCAUGAUAGCACUACAAAUAAUGGCCAUACUUAUCAGGAAUUACAAACUCCUGGAAUACAUUAUUUUCAUGAAAUUAAACAAGAUAUUGCCGAGGAUGUUGUACACAAACGUGAAAAGUGGAUGAUGGAAUUACCUCCAGCUCGAGCAGCUGAUUUUGGAUUGCGCGCCCGAAAAUUUAGAUUAAGGCCUGGACCAGAUAUGUCUGAUAGAUCUUGUUGGACUGAUACUCCAGUGGAGAAAGCUCGAAAACGAAAAUCAGAAGAAGAAGCAGCAACUUUACGCAGUGUAAAUAAAUCAGAUUGCAUUGGGUUACUUAAGGAAAAGUCAAAGAAGACUAAAAAACAAGAAAAAUCUUUGCUGGAAAUACAUCAAAGCAAACUUAAAAAGAAAAGAAAGAAAGAAGAAAAGGAAGCUAAAGCAGCAGGAUUGCCAACUAGGAGGCCGUUCGAUCGUAAUAUUGAUUUACAAGUUAAUCGAUUUAUGGAUCAUUCACAAAAGAGAUCUGUUUUAAUGAAAGCAGAAAUGUUGAAUGAUAGAUUUUCACGUGGGCAAAUAUAAUUAUUAUAACUAAAACUUAAAAAACCUCUUGUACUUUUGGAAUUUUAAUUAUUAUAAUUAGUUACAGCUGAGUGCCUUGAAGAAGAGCAAUAAAACGAAAAAAUUUUCAUUGGUUCAAGAGAUAUAUAAAUAGUUUUAAAAAAAUAUUUAAACUAAUAUGUGAUCAAUUGUUUUAAUACGACAGUGAUUUUAUUUAAUAAAUUGGGUGUGUAUGUACAAGAGGACAUUUUUCUAAACUUUUAUUAUAUACUAAUUUAAAUCUCUAUACUUUAAAUACUUUUCCACAUUGAUCAUUAUAAAUUUUUAGUGUCCGCUAAAUAAAAUUUCGUGUUACAGUAUCAUUGCCUUAUGGAACACUUGAGAAUAAGGUCUAUUGAUACAUAUAUAUGUAAUAGUUAUGAAUUUACAAACAUAAUUUUUCAAAUGAAUAUUAUUUCAUAAUAACCAAAAUUUACUUGGUUAUAUAUUAUAUAUUAAGUUUGGUUAAUCAUUGCUCUUAUGAAUUAUGUUAAUUUAUCAUGUAUAUAAAAUAGCACUUUGUAUUU